GAUACGCUCGUGGACGUACAGAGGAAGUAACAGUUUUACCAGUACUGAAAACUGCAGGCGAUUGUUUGUAAGAUUUACAGAUACAAUUCUGUAAAUCAAGUCAAGGAACCAGACGAGGCGCUUUAAGGUCGCGCUGCUGGUCGCUUUAUUUCCCCACCAGGAGCCAAAAUGACGGCGGCGGUGUUUUUCGGCUGCACCUUCAUCGCCUUCGGCCCAGCCAUCGCUCUGUUCCUGUUUACCAUCGCCCGGGAACCGCUGAGGGUCAUUUUCCUCAUAGCAGGUGCAUUUUUCUGGCUGGUGUCUCUGCUGCUGUCCUCUCUGGUGUGGUUCAUCUCGGUUCAGAUCAGUAAUAAGGACAGUGCUGCACAGCAGAAAGGCCUCCUCAUCUUCGGCGUGGUGCUGUCCGUCCUGCUGCAGGAAACCUUCCGCUUCGCUUACUACAAGCUGUUGAAGAAAGCGAAUGAAGGCCUCCUCGCUCUCAGUCAGGAGGAAACCAUGCCGAUCUCCAUUAGGCAGCUGGCCUACGUGUCCGGCCUCGGCUUCGGCUUCAUGAGUGGAGCGUUCUCGGUGGUCAACAUCCUGGCUGACUCUGUGGGGCCGGGGACGGUGGGGAUCCACGGAGACUCGCAGCACUACUUCCUGUCCUCAGCCUUCAUGACCAUGGCCAUCAUCCUGCUUCACAUGUUCUGGGGCGUCGUCUUCUUUGACGCCUGUGAGAAGCAGCGCUGGUGGGCGGUGGCUGCCGUCGUCGUCAGCCACCUCGUCGUUUCUUGUCUGACCUUCCAGAACCCCGAGUACGUGGCCAGCCUGGUUCCCACCUACGUCAUCCUGUUCCUGAUGGGCGUCUGGGCCUUUUACUCCGCUGGCGGUUCACUCAGGAACCUCAAACUCUGCCUCACCUGCAAAGACAAAGACUUCCUGCUCGCCAACCACCGGCCCAGAUAACGCAGCACGCCAGGCAGUGUGCAGGACUCUCAAACCAAAAAUCCCCGAGUUCACACACACACACACACACAUUCACACACAAUAAAACCAGUGCCGGAGGAGUGUUAGAUCCUCUGUUAAUCUGCUGUUUCACUUAAGAGGUGUUUCAUCAUCUUAAGUCUAAAAACAUAAAGGUAAGAUCAGCAGAAGUUCCUCAAAGGAAACAAAGAUCAGUUUGUUUUUAUGGACUGAAUUUACAUCUAAUGAUGAGGUUCUGUUCAACGAUACACAAUAUCUGUGCGUCUCCCCAGUUUGUUGCCUGAUGCACUAAAAGAAACAGCAGAUGAACGAAUCUGCAAAGAUAUUUUAAGUUGGCGACACUCAUUACAUUCUGUACAUAUUCUAAUGUUUUCAGCUUUCCCGACAGCUGUCUCCUUUCAAAUGUGUCAAAUCUUUCAAAGGGUGGAUUUAUCACGUACGAACAAAACUCUUUGUGUAUAUAUUUAUGCAUUUUUAAUUCCCCGAUGUGUAGAUAGUGAGAAGUUUUAUCCUUUUUUUCAAGAUGUGAGACGUUGUCGUUAGUCUGUAUAAGAACUUGCCUUUGAUUUGAAAUGAACACAGAUUCACAGAAGCCGAGAGGGAACGCGACCGGUAGGUUUGUUUUAGCUUCACUUAUCUUGAGGUCGCGACUUAAGGCUUUAGACUCCACACUUGAGCAUUAAAAUCUCAAUCAAAGAUAACAGGAAACUAAUUAAAUUUGCACAUUGCGUCUGGUUUUUCCAGCUGUUAUCAGAAAGAGUUUGUCCCACUGCUGUUCCCGCCCUGAGAGGCGAGCAGCUCGGACUGAGAGUGAAGCUAAAGUGGAGAAAAAAGCAGAUUAAUUGAUCCUCAGUUAAUCAGAUUCUACAAUCGAGAAGCUCUGAUAUCUGCAGCGGCUUUCACUCACCUGAUUUUUCUGUGAUCUUGUGGAAGAAUAUUUCUUCUGUCAUGAUUUUGAGAAGAAAAUAUUUGAUACAACUGACUAACGAGAUACCGAAAACCUCUGAGGGUAAGGGGUCAAAUAAAAACUCAGCUUCCACACAGUUCGCAUUAAUAGAAACAUUUCAUAUACUUUAUUUCUCGGUCCUCUAUGUACUCAAACACAACUACGAAUUCAUAAAAAUGACCAUGAACAGGUGGAAGUUUAGGCUCAGAGAUCUUUGAAUGUUUAUUUUCUUUGAUGCCUUUCUUAUGUUUUAGUUUUAGAGCGUUAACAUGAACAGUGUCUCAUCUGAAAUUCCAAACAACGAAUGUUUUUGUUUGCUCCUGACUUUGUUUGGUCGUUGAUCUGCUUGUACAGUUUGUAUAGAUCACAGUCUGCCGUGCUUCAUGACGAUGGGAUGGAUGUUAACAGCCAGUUAAAGAUGUAAAUUAUAACCUUUUGUGAUCGGCAUGGUUCCUGCUUCGUGCUGCCACUUAACUCCACGCAGAAUCGAAUCUGGUUUGUUCACAUAAGGAGAGAAGACUUGCAUUUUAUUAGGUACACUUAGCUCAAACAAAUGCAGACCAGCAGUCAUCCAUUAAAGGUCCAGUGUGUAAGAUUUAGGGGGGAAUUGAAUAUAAUAUUCAGGAGUUUGUUUCCAUUAGUGUAUAAUCACCUGAAAAUAAAAAUUGUCAUUUUCAUUACCUCACAAUGAGCCGUUUAUAUCUACAGAGGGAGCAGCUCCUCCUCCACAGAGUCCGCCAUGUUUCUACAGAAGCCCACAACAGACAAACCAAACACCGGCUGCAGAGACGGCCUUUCACUUUUUGGUAACAACCAUAGGUUCUCUGACGCACUUGAAAGAGGAGGUUGAGGUGAGGAGUAUUCAGUUGGCCGCAGUCUGCAACCUCACCACCAGAUGCCACUAAAUCCUACACACUGGUCCUUUAAGUCCCCCUUAAUGAAGGUUUGAAUGUUCAGUUUGUGUCCGGCUUUUGGAGGAUUUAAUAUGUGUGCUGCUGUUGAACUGUAUUCCAUUAUACAGGAGGGUGUUAGUUAUUCAGUCUGCACUCUUUGAUACAAACGAGGUGGUCAAAAGAAUAGAAACACCUGUCAGUAUAAUUCAGCACCACCACAGACGUUCACGUCUCCCUCAGAAUGAAUUAGAAAUAGUUUGGUGAUCUUAACUUUUUUCUAGCACCAGAUAAUUUGUUGUAUUUGUCCACUACUUUGGUUUAUGACUAAAUACUUUAAAAACCAAUGAGCCUCAGCUGUACUUUCUGUCUAGCGCCAAUUAACAACUUUUACCAGGCUAACACGUUAAUCUGAUAUGGUGCACAUUACAGCUGCUAAAUUUUAUAGUUCAAGAUUUAAGUCUUCAACAAGGAAUUUUGGAGCUGAGCGCCACGUGCAGUCCGAAGGUAUCGAGAAGGAUAACAUGAGACUCGUUCUUCAAGUCCUGCUGCAACAUGUAACUUCACGCAGAAAUCUACAGAAAACAAUCAUCCAUUUCAUGGAGGCUUUAAUGAGCAGUCUGCAGGGCACAAAGCAGGCGCCAGGUUUCCAGUUGUGUGAGUGGGUGUGUGUGUGUGUGUGUGUGUGUGUGUGUGUGUGUGUGUGUGUGAUGGGCAGAAGUCUUGCACCUCAGAGGGAUGCUUCAGUUUCCACGCCUGUAAAGAUGAGGAGCUGUAGGAGUGUGUAUGUGACCUUAAACGACUCGACCCACAUCAAAAAAAAAAAAAAAAAAAAACACAGAAAAUACUUCCACUUUUUUUAACAUUGUCCCUUAAAGCCUCCCCCCUCUCUGCCCCCCCCCGGCUUCUCUCCUGCUCCUGUUUCCAUUUAUGAAAGCAGACACCUCCUGGCUGGGCGACACAAAGCCUGCUGGGGUCUCUGAGGACUUCGGUCAGUCAAAGGCCUUUUUACCCAGACAGCAGACAGACAGACGCAGGAAGCGUUUCCUCUGCCGAAAACCAGACUUUUCACAUGCUAAUACCAGUCUGUGCAGCUGGUGACACUGGGGUCGCCUCAGCAAUAUUCAGGGUUUGUGUUUCCUGUCAGGUAUCGGGAGGUUAUAUGUUCAGGUUCAGAUCAGGUCGUCACAGUCUGAACAGGAACCAGAGGACAUGCGGCAGACAGGAAAACACUUUCUCUUUGAUGGGUUGUAGAAAAUGCUGCCUGAAAUAUUGGACAUGAGACUUGAAGCCCUCUAGAAGCUACAUUAUUCACUACUUCAUCAAUUUAGUUUGCAAAGUUAGUUUAAAUCUGUCAUUUUUCUUUGCCUGAAUUUCAUAUGAAUUUUCUUUAUUCAAUGCAUUCAUUUAAUUUCAUACUUCGUUGUACAAACUCCAGAACCAGAUUUGCUGCUGAGGAAUAUGAGGACAGGGUUAAUGUUGUGUUCUGUAGGAUGCUGUGCUCUCUGUUCCCUCCACAGGCUGCUGUGAUGCUCCGCCUGCUGUGGACCACAGGGGGGCGCUGUUCUCAUGGCUCAUGGCCGCACAGUUACACCUGUCGGGUUCAGGUGCUUAAGCGCAGCUCGCAGUUAGACGGUUUAAACUGAUGGGUCCACUGGGUUUGAAGUUUUCUUAGUUAUAUUAUUUAAUUUGAUUUUAAA